AUGAUCAUCACUGGAAGUACUCCUUCUCUGGUUCACACCUUUAUUACUCGGCUUUCCAACGAGUUCUCCAUGAAGGAUUUGGGUGAUCUUCAUUAUUUUCUUGGCGUUGAAGUCCAAGCUAAUGAGAAGGGUCUACUUCUCAGUCAAACGAAGUAUGCUCUUGAUCUCUUGCAACGUGCUUCAAUGAUUGAUGCCAAGCCUAUUUCUACGCCUUUUGUUGUUGGACAGCAUCUAUCCACCGAAGGGACUCUAUUCUCCGACCCUACUCUGUUUCGUUCUCUUGCCGGUGCUCUUCAAUACCUCACAAUCACCAGGCCUGAUUUGUCCUUCAGUGUCAACUCCAUUUGCCAGUUCAUGCAUGCUCCCACCGAGGAUCAUUUUCGUGCUCUCAAGCGUAUCUUGCGCUAUGUUAAAGGCACUGCUCAUCAUGGUCUUCAACUUCACAAACAGUCCACUCGUGAUCUUCUUGGCUACUCUGAUGUGGACUGGGCUGGAUGUCCUAAUACACGUCGUUCUACUACUGGCUAUGCUAUCUUUUUUGGAGCUAAUUUAAUCUCUUGGUCUUCUAAGAAACAAAGCACUGUCUCUCGUUCAAGUGCAGAAGCCGAAUAUCGCUCCUUAGCUGUUGCUACUGCUGAUAUUGCAUGGAUUAUUCAGUUGCUUCGGGACCUUCAUGUUACACUCUUAGUGCCACCUAAAAUUCUUUGUGACAAUCAAAGUGCAAUUUUUAUGGCAGUCAAUCCGGUUACUCGUCCUCGAUCCAAACAUAUUGCAAUCGACUACCAUUUUGUUCGUGAACUUGUUGAUAAAGGCACUUUGCAAAUUGAUUUUGUUCCUUCACAUCUACAGCUUGCUGAUUCUCUGACCAAAGGAGUUACCAAGCCACAAUUCUAUCUCUUUCGAAGCAAGCUCAACGUUCUCCCUUCUACCACGCUCACCUUGCAGGGGGGUGAUAAGGGAGAAUCAAAUUCUCCAUGA